CAGGGGGGGGAUGGAUGUCACACCCUUUCGAACCCUAAAAAAUCUCAAUUUAAAUUGAUUCCUUCUUCAGUCCCAUUCUUACAAUUCACCCAAUCAUAUCCUCUUACUGCGCUGUAAGAGAACGAACUCUCCCCCCUCUCUCUCUCUCCGACCUAGAUUCCCUCCUCUCAAUUGUCAGAAAAAAAAUGGCUGGUGCUAAGAAGCUCUCAUCAUCAGCCAAGACUAAACCUUCGAGUGUCUCUGGGAAAGAUAAGGUUAGCAAUGGUGAAGACUUGGUGGGUUCAAAGGUUAGAGUUUGGUGGCCGAUAGAUCGAAAGUUCUACAAUGGAGUGGUUGAUUCCUUUAACUCUCGCACUAAGAAACAUCGGGUUUUUUAUGAUGAUGGUGAGAAAGAGAUCUUGGAUAUGGACAAGGAGAGGUGGGAGUUAAUUGGAGAUGAUGAUGAUGAUAAUGCUGCUGAUGAGGACAAAUCUGACGAUGAGAUCGCUGAUGUUAUCCCAGAACCGCCUAACAGGAAGUCUGCUAGGACAAAUGGUGUGAUGGGUGACAUUGGUGGGAAGAUUGUAGCAGCGGCCUCGCGUCUGAGGUCGUGCAAUAAGAUUUCCGAAGCAACCAAUGGGAAGAAGAAAAGGGCUUCUUCGUCUUCAUCAGAGGCUGUCUCUGAAAAAGUGACAAGACCAAUGCCUUCCUCUAAGAAGAGCAGCAAGAGGAAGAGGACUGAUGACGAAGAUGUGGGUGAGGAUGAGCAAGCAUCUGACGAUGAAUCCAAGCCGCUGCAGAUUUUGGUGGAUAAGUUGAAGGGCAAGAAGAAGAAGAAGCAGGAGAAGGAAGCCCCCAAAGAAGAAACCAAGGAGGGUGAACCCAAAGAAGAAACCAAAGAGGGUGAAGAACCCAAGGAAGAAGGGGAAGAAGGUGAAGAACCCAAGGAAGAAGGGGAAGAAGGUGAAGAACCCAAGGAAGAAGAGGAAGAGGGGGAACAGGCUUAGACAAGAGAGUUUCGCAGUCUAUCUCAAUGUGCAAGUAUUUUAGAAGAGUUUUUAAUUUAUACAGCUGAGUCUUACUUGGUUAAAGUAUAGGACUUGUAGGGAUUUUUAGGUUAUGUUGAUUCGAAAAAUGUGCAGCCAUAGGGGUUGAGAUAAAGCUAAUCUGUUGAACUGUGAUUUGUGAAUCAGUGUUUACCAUUUAAUCACACCUCCUUUCUGAUA